UGCAGUAUGCAUAGCUAGGAGACUAGAGAGCUACAUAGGUGAAGGCAGUAUUAUUAUACUAGCAUAAUUAAAACGAUCGAGACGGUGAGCAGCAGCACACGAAUGGUCUCCUGUAGCGAUGAUCCCGUGGGCUCGGGCGGCAGCGGCAGCGGCGGCGGCAGCGGUGGCAACAGCGGUGGAAACAGCUGCAUAAGUUCUCCCCUACCGACACCUAUGUCGAUGAUGACGCCCUCAUUGGCUUCUAGCAGAUCUGCAACGGCGUCUGCGUCGCAGACCCCGCCGAUCGCGAGUCGCGCGGCUGCGACCCCCGCGGAAUUCAUAGCAGUCGGGGCAGCGGCUGGUGGAUUGGUCAUCGCAAUAGUCAUCGUGGCCAUCUUAGUAAUGUUUUGCUGCUUCAGGAAGUGAGUGUGCCUACUUUCCUAGUGGUGGGCCGUGCCCGUUGUUUCAGUAGAAGUGGUGGUGCGUGUGUAUCUCUAUAUUUAGAGAGUGAAAGUAGCCAUAUUUGCCGUGUUGAUACACGUCUGUACUGCAGACGGAAAGGCAAGUCCAGUGCAGCCGUCCACGCCUCUAACCUGGUGGUGUUGGAGUCAGGAGGAGAAGGAGACCUAGCAGAGGACGGGGAGCUAGAGAUGGGCAACAAGUCCAGCGGUGGAUUCUCUCCUGCAGACGGGAAGAAGCAGUCUGUGAAGAAAGGAAAAGCUGAAGAAGGUGAAGGCGGUCAGCCCGCAUCUGACAAGACUAAUGGCACCGCAGCCACUGGGGAUGCCCCUCAAUCAGAGUCUGCUAACGAGACUACGCCAGAAGCCCAGAUUGAAGCUUCAACUGGUCAACCCUCUGGGACAACAACUGCUCAAAAACCUGCAGAGGAGGAAGAGGGAGAGGCUCCGGUGGUAAAAGAGUACCAGGGAGAGAUCAGCGUCUUAGAGGGUCAGCAGGCCAUACUCCGAGUGGAGGUGAGUGGGGUACCCCACCCCACCAUCACUUGGAGACUGGGGGAGAAGACGGUGGAGCCAGACUACGCCAUAGAGAUCGCCAAAGACGGAGCUCUCUGCUUUGUCAGUGUGGAGAUGACCCACGCCGGCAUCUACUGCUUCACGGCUAGGAACGCCAGUGGGAGUGAAGAGGGGAAGAUUGAACUGAAGGUGCGCGGGGAGGGAGAGGAGGGGUGGGCUGCUGCGUCUGCUGCCAGGGAGGAGAGGACGGAGACGAAACCUGUGCCAGUGGAGGAGUUUGGGGAGCACGUGGCUCAGCUCCAUGCCAACAACAACGCCGGGUUCUACAGAGAGUACCAGGAUCUACCGUCAGGGGAAGAGGGACAUACUGUGAACGUCUUCAAGAUGCCCGGCAACCUCCCUAAGAACAGAUUCAGGAACAUUGCAGUCUAUGACGACAACAGGAUAGCCCUGGAGGCCCUACCCAGUGAGGUGACGGGAGAGGAUGAGGACAGCGACUACAUCAAUGCCCACGUGGGAGACUACAUCAAUGCUUCUUACAUUGACGGCUAUUCUAAACCCAAGCAGUACAUAGCAUGUCAAGGCCCACUGUCAAACACGGUGGUCGACUUCUGGCGUGCCGUGUGGCAGGAGGAGGUGGGGUCAAUCGUCAUGGUGACCAACCUGACGGAGGGAAAUAACGUCAAGUGUCAUCAGUACUGGCCGUCCUCAGGCUCCGCCCACUACGGUCCGUUCACAGUCUCCCUGGCCGAGCAGCUCAUCUUUGCCGACUACGUCAUUAGGCAUCUCCACAUUUCACUGGGUGGUAAAUCGAGGAAGGUGCUUCACCUGCAGUUCACCUCGUGGCCAGACCACGGAGUCCCCGAGUAUGCCGGCCCCUCCCUCACCUACCUCCGCAGGGUGAAGGCCGAGACCAAGGGAGCCAAGGGACCAGCCAUCUUCCACUGCAGUGCUGGUGUGGGGCGUACAGGGACCCUGCUCUCAGUGGACAUAGCCCUGGAGCAGGCUGGGACGGAGGGAGUGGUGGACAUCCAGGGAAUCGUCUCCAGACUCAGGGAACAGAGGAUGAUGAUGGUCCAGACACAUGAUCAGUAUGGAUUCAUCCACGAUGCAGUACUGGAGAGUCUCAUCUGUGGAGAGACACAGAUCCCGGCCCAGAACCUGCCCAAGGUCAUGGGGCAACUCGCCUCCACCGACUCCAAACACGGCAAGACUGGAUAUGAGGUCCAGUUUGGGGUACUGGAGCAAGUCUCCCCCAAACCUCACGAGGUGCUGACCCUCACAGCUCAGAGCUUUCCCGACAAGAACAGAAGUAUGGAGUUCCUACCGAGUGAAUUGUGGAAAGUUCCAUUGCUUAUGGAGCAUCCUGGAUAUAUCAAUGCCACCUUUGCCAAUGGCUACAAGCAACAUCGAGGUUACAUCAUAGCCCAGGCCCCGAUGGAGGGCACGUGUCGUGACUUCUGGAAGAUGGUGUACGACAGGCGGUGUGGAGUCGUCAUCAUGUUGUCUCAGCUGAUGGAACAAGACAAGGAGGUGUGCUAUGGGUACUGGCCUAGUAAGGAGGAGGGUAGUGGGGAAGAGGUCACCCAUGGAGAGUUCACCAUCACUGCGGGGAAUGUCAAGUAUGACAACAUUGUUCAGAGGAACUUCACCCUUGUCUAUAACAAAAUGCCUCACCAGCAGCAGAAGGUGACGCAGUACCAGGUGAGUAGCUGGAGUGAGGAGGGGCUGGCCCAGGACAACAGGGCCCUCCUGGAGCUCAUUGAGAAAGUGGCAGCAACUCAGAGGAGGACUGGCAACAAUCCAAUAGUUGUCCAUGGAGUGUGAGUGGCUAGGGGCUGCUGUGUGGUAUUAAUGGUAAUUACUGUUGUGACGUCAUAAAAUUUGGACACUAAUUGCAGUAUUGCUGUCCACUGUGUAUGUUGAGAGAAAAGAUUGACCUAAAAAUGAAAACUGGGUUUGUAUUGCUUUAUUUGCCAGGUGUAUAUAGUAUCGUCCAAAGCACCUGCGGUUAUUGUGCUCUCAGCGAGGCGGCAUCCAACAAUGAGAAAAGUUGAGGCCACCCUUAUGAUGUAUAAGGGUCCAGUAUGGUUGGGAUGGUUGGCUGGCCACCCUUUCCACCACUUUCUUGAAGAAAAUGUGCGCCACCCAAUUUCUGCAAUGCACACUCCCACUAAAGUCAAUGCAUUGGAGAUGGUUGGUUGGCCUGUCCUCCCUCCCACUCGCUUGCUAAAAGUACGAAAAGUUUAAGCUAACUUUCCCACAGUGGUACUAGAGGAUUUUUGCACUGCACUUCACGAAAAAUUUUGCCAAGCACAAGAGUUAUUGUCAUGCAGCGUGAUAUUCUUUAUACUCAGUCUCUUCUUUGCUUACCCAGUGACACAGUGAGCCGAUGUGGUCUCCUGGUUGCUCUGAGUAAUGCCAUAGACUGCUGCAAGACCGAGGGAACGGUGGACGUGUUCCAGGCAGUCAAGGCUCUGCGGAUCCAGAAACCGGGCAGUGUUGUCACUGUCCAGCAGUACCAGUCCAUUUUCUCCAUCAUGCAGCAGUUCCUCAACUCAUUUGACAUUUACUCUAACUUCAAAUAGUCGCUGUAAUGAACCAUGAUCAGUGUCUGUAGUAUAUACAUCUGUACACGUCAUUUCGAUGAGUGUAUGUUUGUGUACACAGGUUGUUUCCCUUUUAGUGGCAUUGUUUCACUUUUACAUAAUGAUAUUAGCUCCUUUCUCCUGAAUUUGGAUGUGGUUGUGUGCAAGACCUUACAGCGACUAAUACAUCUUCUGCUCCUCUAUAAUAUUAUACCACAUGUCAGGUAACCAGGCGGGG